CAUUCUUAACAAUCGCUAAACAAUGUUUAUCAAUAAUGAUAUUGAUAAACGCUAUCGUAUUAGCAAUUUUUUGAUUAUAAUGAAUGAAACAGUUUUAUGUGUUUCAAGAUAGUCAGUUAUUAGGAUAUAAACAUCAUGUGGCUCCUCCCCCUAUUCUGCCUACUAGCGCCCUCGCUCGCGUCAUCCCCUGUGCGGCUGCUGGUGGAGCCGCCACUGCGGGUGUGGCUGCGUCCGCCGGCGGAGCCCCGGGACGCCCGGGCGGUGGCGACCGCGUGGGUCACGGUCCCGGUCGAUCAUUUCAAUCCGCUCGAUGAUCGGACUUAUCAGAUGCGUUACAUGUACAAUGAGCAGUUCUUCAACGGCACGGGAGCGCCCAUCUUCAUCAUGGUUGGAGGUGAAUGGGAGAUAUCCUCCGGGUUCCUCCUCACUGGCAACAUGUUUGAGAUGGCCAGGGAGAACAAUGGAUACCUGAUCUACACAGAGCACAGGUUCUAUGGACGAACGCAACCUUUCGCAACCCACUCCACAGAAAACCUCCGCUACCUCAACGUGGACCAAGCGCUGGCCGACCUGGCCACAUUCAUAGGCAUGCUCAAGGAGCAGCCUCGGUUCUCCACCAGCCCCGUGGUGCUGGUGGGCGGGUCCUACGCCGGGAAUAUGGUGCUGUGGUUCAAGCAGAGGUACGCUCAUCUAGUGCUGGGGACCGUCGCGUCUAGCGCGCCGAUUAAAGCUGAGGUGGAUUUUACUGGUUACCUAACCGUGGUAGAGUCCGCAUUCCGCGCAGAAGGCGGCGACGCCUGUGCUGCGGUGUUGCGCGACGGCAUCGCCGCGACUGUGGCCGCCACCGAGACGGAAGAAGGCAGGGAACUGCUGGAGCAGGCAUUCAAGAUCUGCCCGCCCCCCGCCGACCCGCUCGACUACUCUGACAAGUUCACGAUGGGGUACUUCUCCGGCUUCAUCACGUGGACACUGAGCGGGCAGGUGCAGAACGCAAGACCGGCCGAGCUGAGGAAUUUUUGUAACAACUUGGUCAAUAACGUCUAUGGCGCGACCCCCAUGGAGAGCAUCGGCGGGCUGGUGACGUCCGGGCUGUCUCCGGGACAGUGCUACGAGAUCCGCUAUGAAGACUAUGUCAAUAGUUACAAGAACGACGCAGUGUCGACUGGUCGCGCGUGGUACUACCAGACGUGCACAGAGUACGCGUACUUCCAGAUCGCGCCGCCCACAGGGUCAGUCUUCUCUCCGCUCAGUCGCUGGCUGAAUGUAGAGUUCUACGCCGAUCUGUGCAAGCAGGCUUAUGACAGCAGAUUCGACGAAUCCUUCGUCCGUGCAUCCGUGGCGCGGUCCAACAGGAUGUUCGGCGGCCUGCGCCCGGACGUCAACAACACCAUCAACAUCCACGGCGCCAUCGACCCGUGGCACUACCUGGGAGUGGUGGAUAGGGAGCUCAAGGAAUCGUCGCCAACUUACCUGGUGCCGAGGGCGUCCCACUGCUUCGACCUGCAGCCCUGGCAAGUCACAGACACGGCUCGCAUGACGCAGGUCCAGCAAGCCGCGCGCCGCACCGUCGCCGCCUGGCUUCACGAGUAUUACCACCAGUAGACCAGCGGGGCAUUUCUCGACCAACCGUCUUUCAAAUCGCCUGUCUGUUUUAUUUUUUAUUUAUUUUAUUUUAUUUAUAAGUAUACACAACAGGUUUACAACAUUUUCUUAGUUAAGAUAUGAUAAUGUGAUAUAAUUCAAGUUGCUUACCCAAACACAUGUACACUGUUAAAAGGUAUAAUAAAAUAAUAGUUAACAGAGGACUCUAGUUACGGUAGGAAGGUAAGGCUGUUGCGCGACGUAAAGCCUUAUAGUCCUUAACCUUAUAGACUAUGCAAUAAUAAAUGAAUAUGAUUAUGACGUAAUAGUAACCAUAUUGCAAUACAUUCUAACACCCUUUCAUAAAAAACUUACUGGACGCUUUAGCUGUUGAACUGUUUUGUCACUCUCCGUCAAAAAACAAAUUGUUCUCUGUCAGGGGGUAACACUAGACUAAAAGGCGAGUGGUUGAGAAUCCAGGCCCAGCUGUGGAGAUACGAGGGUGUAGGACAGGUUUUGUAGUUUGAAGAAAAGUUAGUGUUUUCUCGCAUACAAAGUGGCGCCUCUAUAAUGUGAACUUAGAUAAAGAUGACAAAAGAAAUCAAAUA